UCAAAAAGAUAAUUCAUAAACCUAACACCGAGAGCUUUUAGACAUGUAAUGCAAUCAUCAUCAUCACAAUCCCGACCCAAAAGAUUCCUAUAUAUAUAUAUUAAUCUCUCCAAGAACCCUAAACCCACCAAAAUCAUAAACCCAUCCAGCCAUUAUUUUAUGUUAUUUGUUUUUCUCUCACGAUGCAUUCAAGAACUCAUCCGCUGAUCCUUCUGGUUAUCAUCAUGUCAGUGUUUUUGGUGGGUUCGAGCGGGGACAAGGCCCAAGACAAGGAGGAGUGCACGCAAGAGCUCGUGGGACUGGCCACGUGUCUCACGUACGUGCAAGGACAGGCGAAGGCUCCGACGCCGGACUGUUGCUCCGGACUCAGACAAGUCCUCAAGACGAACAAGAAGUGUCUCUGCGAGCUCAUCAGAGACAGGAACGACCCUGACUUGGGCCUUCAGAUCAAUGUCUCUCUCGCACUCGGUCUCCCUUCCGUUUGUCACGCCGCUGCUGACGUCACCAAAUGCCCAUCUCUACUUCAUCUGGACCCAAAUUCGCCGGAAGCCCAAGUAUUCUAUCAGCUCGGCAAAGGAUUAAACAACACAGGCCCAUCUUCUGGGCCCACAAGCUCUACGCUUGGGCCCACCGGCCCAUCUCCCACCCCAGGCUCCACCAGCGAUGGCCGAGCGACCUCCGUGAGAGGCACGAGCGAUGGUCAAACUCAAAGAAAACGAUGGCUAGGAAUAGAGAUUGUCGCCCAAUUAGUCCUAAUCUCCUCCUUAAUCACCCUUAAUUAAACACUAAAUUUCUAUGAUGUUGACCUUUGUGCAGUUACGGUAUUGAUGUGAUAUCAUUUGUCCUUUUUCAUACCAAAGGUUGAAUGUAAAAUAAAUCCACCGGUUUGUGUAUCGUUGGAUAUUUGGAUUUUAUUGGUUUGUUUUUGGGUUUC